AAAAAAGUGAUGAUGUUGCUUUGCUUAAGACCUUUGAGGAAUUAUGUGGUAUAUAUAAUUCUUCUCGUUUCUUAAUGCCUGAAGAGCAUUUUCCUUUAAUUGGACGAUCUUUGUAUCGUGAUGUAAAUGCUGAGACAGUCUAUUUGCCUCAUCAUGUGAAGGCCGACAAUACGAAGCCAUCGGUUGCUCUAAGAUCUGAACCAUCUGGAAAUUGCCUAUACAGCUCUGCUUCUCUGGCCUUGGUUGGAAGCAAUGCUCUCAUUCACACUUUGAGAGCUAUGGUAUCUAUAGAGCUUUUUUAUAUAUGCAAAUUAUUAUUGUUAUCAUCCAAUAUUCACUUCCACCUUAGAGAAGCAUGGUGACAAGGUCUCUGUUAGUGCAAAAAAUGUUUUGGCUAUGUCCUGUUGUUUUGAAAGUGUGGAUUCAGGUUUAUCAGGGCUUGAUCUUGUUAAAAUGGAAGCUCUUUGCAACUGUAGAGAUAAAAUUUGGGGUAGUUUUUUUGUGUAUACUUGCUCUCUCCUCAGUUACUAAUAGAAUCAUUUCUUUGAUGUAUCCUGAUUGUGGAGAAGUUUCUUUUAAGUUGUUGUUCAACCAAAUUAUUUCACCUCGUCUUCCUUUACCAACACCACCUACUCAAUAUAACUAUUUAUACCUCUUGUUUUGUUCUACAACUCUAUUGACUUCUAGUAAAGUCUUUAAGCCAAAUCACUUUGCACCUCUUAUUUUCAAACCUAUCAGUAAAACUAAAAGAAAGGCUUCUGCUUUGUUAGAAAAAGCUAACAAGAAAAUUCCUCAUGUGAAAGGAGAGUCUUCUACUGUUAACAUUUCUAAUUUUUUUCAACCAGUUUCAACCCCAGCAAGUAAUAAGGCUAAACAAUUUAUUUUGCCCAAAUUAUUUAGUACUACACAAACACAAUCAACACAAAAGGUGCCUGCCAUCACUAGUCUUGGUUUAAUACAUAACCCAAAACAAGAACUUUUGCAAUCAUUUUCAUUAGAUUUUUCACAGCAAUAUCCAAAUGAUGUGAGAUAUUUUAGAGAAAAAGCUAGAAAUAUGAAUGAUUCUCAAAAGCUCCAGCUCAUUCACAAUGUUUUUAAACCGAAUAGAUCCUACCCAUUUCCUAAAUCAGCUGAUGGUCGAUCUUUUCUUUAUUCGUGGCUGGAAGAUUAUUCUUGGUUGUGUUACUCCCCUUCUUUGGAUGGUGCUUUUUGUCUGCCUUGUGUUUUGUUUGGUGAUCAGUUUCGAAUAAAAAUACAAAAAUUAAAAAACCUUUUAGUGAACCAAUGACAUAUUGGCCUGAUGCUAAAGCUUGCUUCAAACGCCAUAUUGGUUUGAGUUCUAAGGCUCUCACCAGAGCAGGUUUGCACGAAAGCACACGUAAUAAAUAUUUGUCAUUAGUUGGUCAAGCAUCAGGAGAAGGACUGCAGAUUGAGGUGUUGAUUGAUGAGCACAAACAGCAAGUCAUCAGGCAAAAUAGGGAAAAACUUGUAUCAAUAAUUGAUACUAUUAAACUUUGUGGUAGACUUGGGUUAGCAUUAAGAGGGCACCGUGAUGAUUCUUCAUAUCAUCCGGAGGUUGGUUCUUACUCAAAAGGUGGUGUUGGUAACUAUGUUGAAUUGUUAAAUUUUCGUGUUCAGGCUAGUGACACAGUUUUAGCUGAUCAUUUGAAAAACUGUCCAAAGAAUGCUUCUUAUAUUUCAAAGACUACUCAAAAUGAUCUAAUUGCUGCUUGUGGACAGGUUAUCACUGAAAAAAUAACUAGUGAAAUAAAAAUAAAUAAAUUUUUUAGUAUAAUUGCUGAUGAAGCAGCAGAUUCUGCAAACAAAGAGCAGCUUUCUCUUGUGAUUCGUUUUGUAGAUAGCAAUAGGAAUGUUAGAGAAGAUUUUGUGAGGUUUUUGCACUGCAAAUGGGGUUUAUCAGGGGAAAGUCUUGAGAAAUUAAUUCACAGUGCAUUAACAGAACUAAAAUUAAGCAUUGAGGAUUGCAGAGGUCAGGGAUAUGAUGGAGCUGGGGCUGUUGCAGGGCAUAUCAAUGGUCUUUCUGCACGCAUUCUUCGUUUGAAUUCUAAAGCAAUCUACACCCACUGUUACAGCCAUAGGUUAAAUCUUGCAAUAUGUAAUUCAUGUUCUGUCCCCUUUGUCAGAAAUGUUUUUAGUCAAAUUAAAGAACUUUCUUACUUUUCAAUCUCUCUGAUGGACGGCAAAUGUUACUUUCAAAAGCAGUUGAAGACUAUUGCCCACAUUCAGUCUUCCACCAAACAAAAGAAUUGGAAAGAGAAUUUUCGUUUGUUUUCAGAUUUUUACAAAGAUGAUCUUCCUAAUCCCUUAGGAUUAGAUGCUGAAUUGGAAUUAUGGGAAAAGUUUUGGACAACAUAUGAGGGAUCAUUACCGGACAGUGCAGCUUCCACACUUAAAGCUUUAGGGUUUGAAGGUUUUGAGAAUAUUAAGGCAUGUCUACGGUUACUAGCCACUCUUCCAGUUACUUCUUGUGAGUGCGAACGCUCUAUUUCAGCACUUCGCAUGCUUAAAACUUACAACAGAAGUACGAUGGUUGAAGAACGCUUAAAUGGACUUGCACUAAUGCGAAUACAUCAGGAAAUAGAGCCUACUGUUGAUGAGGUGAUCAAUAAAUUUGCGUAUGGAAACCGGCGAUUAGAACUGAAAUUGUAA